UGUAAACAACCGUAGAAACGUAUCAGACUCGUCGUCGGAAUCGUGUGAAAUACGACCGUAGGUGUUCCAAAUUUCACAACAUAUUGGCAACGCAAUUUAGGAUCCAUACGAGCUACUGCAGUAAACUAAUCAUUUGAAGUCUAGUCCAUAAGUCUAUUGGGUGAAAGUUGGCAAUCUAUUUUUUGUUCGUACUUACUAAAAAUCUUCAUUUAAGUGUACAACUUAUUGGAAAAUCUGACGUGGCUUCAAUUAUUAAACAUUUUUUUAUAUAUUAAUUAAAAUAAACUUAUGUUAGCUAUUUUUUUUUACAUCCCGAUUUAGUUGACAUUUAUUUUGGAAAAUUGUUUUCCUUGGUUAUUAAAUACUCGCAGAAAUGAAUGUUACUAGAUUGGAAAUUGAUAUCAAAAGACUUCUGUCUGUUUGUGAAGAUAUGGCUCAAGACAAUUCAUUUGAUGAUUGGCGAUUGAGCAAGUAUAUAGAAGCUGCUAGUGAAAUGAUUUCAGAGUUGGUGAAAAAAAGCGAUCCAAACAAAGAUACACUUAAUCAGUACACAAAAAGAAUGCAGUUUCUCAAAGGGUUUUUGAACACUAAAGAAAUUGAAAAUUCUGAAGAAAAAUUAGUAGCCUUAGAUAUGUUGGAACCAGUGCAAGUACCUAAUAGCCUUUCAAAAGAUAUCAAGCACAAGUAUAAGGUGACUUAUACAAAACAACUGAGAGAUGAAUUAUUCGGAGAAAGUACAAAUGAGUUCAAAUCAUUGAGGCAACCAGAAGUGGAUAGUAAUGAUAAUUUAGAUGAAUUAUUGAAACAUCAUCAAAAUAAACAAGAAUCCAUUACUGAAGAACUGAUGGCUAUUACUCAAGGUUUAAGAGAACAUUCUGAGCUUGCUGGAAAAAUAAUAAAAAAAGACAUUCAAAUUCUAGAAAAAUCAUCAAAAGGUAUGGAUGCUAAUUUUGAAAACUUAAAACGAGAAGAACAGCGGUUAAUGGAGUUUGUAAGAAAAAGUACUUGGAGAUGUUGGAUAUGGGUUCUAGCUGUUGCUAUGGUUGCAAUUUUUAUAAAUAUGAUUUUGUUCAUCAAAGUAAAAAAGAAAAAUUAAAAAAAUUGUUU